AAAAUAGGUGGGGACAAAUAGAGGAGCAAUCCAACUUUUAGGAGGAAAUGAUCAUCCUCUUGCAUUCAACUGCGCUUUUCCAUCGUGGCAAAAGAACUGAAUGUACUAACUGUCUUCCAAUUAAAACCUUUGAUCACACAUUUCUACGACGUAUGAUGAGACUGGGAUCAAUAGUUCCCAAAGACUUAAAAUCCGUUUUACUUGUGGUGUUGCUGAACGUUUUGAGAGUAGUACACGUUCUUUCAUGUGAUAUGAUGACAACACCAGGACUGAAGCAGACCCCACUCAUCUCACACUUUAGUGUGUAUGAUUCAUAUUUCGUUGCGUGUGAUAUGUCUCUCAUCGGAAGUUAAUAGCUUCAUGACAUCAGCGCCUCCUCGCAGUGUCUUUGUUUGGCGUUUCUCCUGACCACGCCCCCUCGCUUUUGCUACCAUAAAGGCGUGGGGGCAUGAGUGCUCGCAGCGGAAUUCCACGCUCACUUGUGUGGACAACAGGUGCACCCACUCCGGAUGAUGCCCUUAGAGUGCUGGUGUCGAUUUGCACUUUGAAGCAUUUUUUUUGCACAUUUUUAUAACGCAAUUUGCGUUCUGAAAAUGCCUUUCCCACCUAUUAGUCUCCAACAGAAGAUCCCGUCUCCUGCAAGGGAUCUAUUCAGCAAAAUAAAAAGCAGUGGUGAGAAGAGAGACUCCGGGAAGGAGAAGCAGACCACAUCAUGGACAACAGCUAAUUUAAGGAAUUUGGGGCGCAAGACAAAACAGGAGAAGUCCCAAAACCCGCCGCAGAAGGAGGUGCAGGGAAAAUGCUCGUGGCUGACCUCGACUAAAGCUCAGGACUCAAUCGCCGAAGUGAGGCGCUCCUCCUCCGCGCACUCCGGCAGACCCCUCGCCAGCAAAGAGGACGCAACAAAGAAGGAGCUCCAGUUCACGCUCAGCCUCACACCGGAGGCGAUCCUUGUUAUUCAGAAGAGAAAUCUGGAGAAGCAGAUGCUGGCGAAACAACAAAAAUGCUGCGCUUCCGCGGACUUCCGCCACAGGCGUGUCUUCCCGUCCAAAAAAGCAUCGCAGGGGAGCUCCAAAGGCGCGCAGGUGACCAAGCUGGAGGAUGGAGAACAGGACAUCACAGCCAUCGUUAAGAUCUCGCUUUUGAACGACCAGCAUAAAUAUGACGAUGUUGAGUAUGAGGAAGAGGACGGAGACGUAGACGAGACUGUGAUGAGGAAAUGUAAAGAGUGGCUCAAGGGGGUCGAAAGUGCAGCAGCUUUGGGAAAGGUUGACAAACUUUCUGCACUCCCCCACCUUAAAGGCUGCUGAUAGCUGGACACAAGCCAUGAAAUAACUUCAUCUUAAUUCAUCUCCAAUAAUGCAAUGAAAACUCAAAAAGUCUUCAGGUUGUUUGGAAUGAAAGCUUACGGAGGAAUGUCUGCUGGCCCGAGAAUACUUCCCCGAAUGACUUGAAAGUGCUGCGUUUCAAGCUUCUUACGUUUUUUUGAAGAAUUGGUGGAAGUUUGAAUUCAGUGAUUUGCACAUACGAUUUUUAUUUCCACUGGGGGCGCCUCUUGUGGUUUAAAGCAGGGAUUUUCGCUGAAGAAGCCCUUUGUGUAAGAGAACAAAACGCUGUCAACAAUUAGGUUUUAUGCCCUGCUGCUAAAACCAAACAACGGUCUUAUUUCCUAUCAAAAGAGGCUUCUAUAUUCUGAUGUACAGUAUUUAUUCAUAUUUGUACCUUGAAAUUGAUAGUGUGUGCCAUUUAAAGUGAAGGAUUUUGUACUAUCCACACAACUUCUGAAUAUGAUUGUGCCUCAUGUUUUGUAUGAUGUUGAUUGACUCACUUUGACUUUAGUUGGAUAUCAGAGGCUCUUUGUUGCCAUUGUAGCUACCUGCGGCCAUGUGGGCAUUAGUGUACUAAGCCUCUUAGAUUUCCUACUAAGCAGGGUUGACCAGUGUACUGUCGGGGGCCAGGUACUGGAGCUCCAUCAGGAAAUUUUUGUAUUACCCAAGUAAACAAUGCACAUCACCAUGAGACAGUGUCUUGAGACUUUUAUUUUCUUUAAUACUGAAGUGUACAAUUCCAAGCAAGUGAUUGAUGCAAAUGUAUUUAUUGUUCAAGCCCAAUUAGGUCUCCUUACCAUGAAUCCAUGUGUCCAUGGAAUAGAGGACAGUGUCUUGCAACAAUAACGGAUGUUUGAAGUGGGAUGCAGUCAUGAUUGAAACCAUUUCUGUAUUCACAUGCAACUGAAAUAUCGACUGUCAUUUGCAAAUCCAAAUUAUGCAUCAGCAUUUUUUUUCUAUUCUUUGUAACUUGGAAACCACAAUACACUCAUUAAUUGUACUUUAUUGCCUUUCUAAUAUUAAUACAUUUCUGUGAUUCUCUUAAUUCCUCCAGACUGCUCCUACAUGGUGACAUUUUGCUCCUAAAAUCUAGUGCAGCUAAAAUUUUGCGCCUGAGCAACCAGUAAAUUUGCGAAAUUGUGUAGUGUCCUAAGUAUGUCACUAAGUGGGAGUGUAGACUUCUGAGGCCAAAAUUCCAAGAAAUUGUAAGUCAUUUGUAUUUGUCCAUUGUUUGUGUGAUACUUUGAGUCAUGGAUGAAGGGCAGUGCUAUUCUUAUUCUGGCUGAAGAAUGUAGUCCAUUGACGCCACAGUAUCCCAGUGGUGAAAAUAAAUUCUUCUAACUCAUA